CAUUGAUUGUAAACGGUCACUCUGAACCAUUAGUAAUCCAUCCCAUCAUUAGCAAAACAAAUGUUUAUUUCGUAGUAAAUCAAGAUGACAGAUUUCCAAUGGCCCUGGGAGUAUACCUUUCCACCCUUCUUCACAUUGCAGCCCCAUGAAGAAACCAGGCAGCAGCAACUGAAGGUCUGGACAGAUCUCUUUCUCAAAUACCUCAGGCACACGAAUAAGUUUACCCUAAGCAUUGGCGACCAGAACUCGCCGCUAUUCCACAACGAAUCCUUGAAGCGCCGUCUCUCCCCGGAGCUUGUUCUGGCUAUUUUGGGUGAACUGGAGCAAACUGGCCAUGCGAAUCCUCUAGACAAGCGUCGUCAGGAAUGGCAGGUGUACUGGUACACCCUUGAGGAGUACGGCAACAUGGUGUACGACUGGGUACUGGAAACGGGUCAGACGAAUACCAUCUGUACGCUUUACGAGAUUGCAUCCGGCGAGAACACCACCCAGCUAGACUUUCACGGAGUGGAUGAGGCGGUGCUGCUCAGUGCACUACGCUUGCUGGAGGAGAAGGGUCGUUGUGAGCUGAUCGAAAUGGAUGGCAGCCACGGCGUCAAGUUCUUUUAAGUGUCCAUACUACUUGUUAACAUUGUCCUGUCAACCACUGCAAAUUAUGUUUACCUCUAUUAAAAAGUAAAUGAUUGUAAAAUUUAUAUCUACAUUAAGGUAUGAUCAUCUUUAUAAUUAUAUUCAAUUAUAUCUUGGUUAUAAAUUUAAAA